AUGGCGCAAGGUUAUUUGAUCAUCUUGGCGGUCUGGCUCUCGGCGGCUGACAUGGGAAUAACGGAGGAGGCACCAGUGGCGACCGUGACAUGUGGAACCCUCCGAGGCACUGUCGACGCCGCAUCGGGGUCUGCGGCUUUCCUGGGUAUUCCCUACGCAUUGCCCCCCAUCGGAGUUCGGAGGUGGCAGCCUCCAGUUGGCAUCGGCACCUUUCCCGGAGCACGCUCCGAGUGCUGGAAGGGCCUGUUGGAUGCAACCAAGCCUGGGCCUGCGUGCCUUCAAGGGAGCCACUUUAGCCACGGGGUGCAGAGCUCCGAAGACUGCUUGCGCCUUCAUGUCCACACCAAGAACUUGGAGGCGCGAGCAAGGAGCUCGGCUGCCCGAAGUUCUGCGACACGCGCUUGGAAGCUGAGGCCUGUGCUUGUUUGGCUCCAUGGCGGCGGACUCCUGGAGGGCUCUCCCUUCGCGCUACAGUCUGGCUACGGAGCUCAGGCCAACUUGACCUCGGAGAACGACGUCGUUGUGGUCUCCGUGCAGUACCGUUUGGGAGUAGCCGGGUUCCUGUCUUUGGCAUCGCUCUCCCACCACGACGUGCGUGGCACCUCGGGGAACUAUGGCCUGCUGGACUGCUUGGAGGCGCUUCGUUGGAUCCAAGGCAACAUCAGAGCCUUUGGAGGUGAUCCGGAGCAGGUCACCGUUUGGGGGCAGAGCUCCGGUGGAUCCCUUGUGCUGGCGCUACUUGCGUCCCCGGCCGCGAGAGGUCUUUUCCACAGGGGUGUAAGCAUGAGUGGAUCGCCAAAGCUAAACAGUACGACAGAGGAAGCAGCCGAGUAUUGGCACAGAGAGGUUGUGGAGCGAAGUCCCUGUGCGGAGAUAGGCUUUCAGAAACCAAGGGAGAAGGAGUUGUUGGACUGUUUGCUGCACCUGUCUGCUGGGGAGCUGUUGCAAGCCCAGCCCGACAAUUGGCACGCGGACGUUUGGUCGCUUGACAUUUUCAGUCCUACCUGGCAGUAUGCGCCCCUCUUGCUUGUUGAUGGCGAGGGCGGCAUCUUGCCACAGGGCUAUCUCCAAGCCUUUCAAGACUCCAAGCACGGAGCUGUACCCGCAAUUCUCGGGGUCACUCGCGAAGAAAGCGAUUUUGCACCCGGCCAAGAUGUUCGGCGCCUCACUCGAAGCCAGCUGAUGCAACUCCUGGCAGGAUACGCUGGCAAGUCCCAGGAGCCUGCGUUUGCGGAAGAGCUCGGGAGACUUUACGGUCUCACUGGCUUCAGCGACGACUGGGAACCACAGCAGAGAUAUGCUGAAAUCCUCAGUGACAUGACGACCGUUUGUCCCAACUUCUAUCUUGCGGGGGUCAUGGAUGCACAGCGCCCCCGGCACGCCUCUCCCGUGUUCUCAUAUGUUGCAUCCAGACAUCUCAGCAAGCCCUUCUGCGUCAUUGCAAACUUCACAAAGAUGAAGCCGCCGUAUUGCCCUCGCUUUGCUUUCCACGCAAUGGAUGAGUUUGCCAUGCUGCAGCCUCAUUUCUUGUACAACUUCACCGCAGAAGACAAAGCCUGGGGGCAACGGCUGCGAGCCAGGAUGCUCGAGUUCGCGGCGAGCGGAGAUGUCCAGGCCUGGCAGCGGUUCUCCACUUCCACGAGAGGCCAAGCUGAGGGGCAUGUCAGCAAGUCCCGCGAACUGCUGCCUGACUAUAACGUGAUCGACCUCGGGGUAGAGGAUGAGAACGCACAGCGUUACAAUGUUCUGUACCUGCAUGGCCCUGGCUCGAACACGGCCAUGGCGGAGAAGCAGGUGACAGCUGUGUUCAAGAACCUCCGAUGGGUGGUCGACUUCAACGUGCUGGAGUGGCAUUUUCUGGAGGGGACCAUCAACCACAAGCUGGAGGAAAUCCACGCCGACCCAGCUGUGCAGCAGAUCUUCAUCCCGUACGGCAAGAAGUGUGGGGACAGCUACGACGGCUACAUGAGCUACGUGUUCAUGUGGAACGAGAGUCAUCAGGAUGAGACUUGGCUAGGACCCGCCGCCGCGGCGCCCGCCUUGUCCGGGGAGAAGUUGGCAGGAGAACACGGCUACGAAGACGUCCUCGACAGCCUGGCCGAGCACCUGAAGGCCCACGGUCCCUUCGAUGGGCUGUGUGGCUUUGACAUGGGUGGCUGCCUGGCCUUUGACGCUGCGAGGUUGGCGCAAGAGGGCGACCCGCGAUUUGAGGUGCCGUCGGGGUAG